AUGGCAACGGUCAUUUGUACUCGUUUCACCGAGGAGUACCAACUGUACGAGGAGCUGGGAAAGGGCGCCUUCUCGGUGGUGCGCCGCUGCGUGAAGGUGCUGUCGGGUCAGGAGUUCGCCGCCAAGAUCAUCAACACCAAGAAGCUGUCGGCCCGAGAUCAUCAAAAGUUGGACCGCGAGGCUCGAAUUUGCCGCCUGCUCAAGCACCCCAACAUCGUGCGUCUUCACGACAGCAUCUCCGAGGAGGCUCACCAUUACCUCAUCUUUGACCUGGUGACGGGCGGCGAGUUGUUUGAGGACAUCGUCGCCAGGGAGUAUUACAGCGAAGCUGACGCCAGCCACUGCAUCCAACAAAUUCUCGAGGCGGUGCUUCACUGUCACCAGAUGGGCGUGGUCCACCGAGACCUGAAGCCGGAGAAUCUGCUGCUGGCCUCCAAGUCCAAGGGGGCGGCCGUCAAGUUGGCCGACUUCGGGCUGGCCAUCGAAGUGGAGGGCGAACAGCAGGCCUGGUUCGGCUUCGCCGGCACUCCCGGCUACCUCUCCCCCGAAGUUCUCCGCAAGGACCCUUACGGGAAGGCGGUGGACCUCUGGGCCUGCGGCGUGAUCCUCUACAUCCUCCUGGUGGGCUACCCUCCCUUUUGGGACGAAGACCAGCACCGCCUGUAUCAGCAGAUCAAAGCGGGCGCGUACGACUUCCCUUCCCCCGAGUGGGACACGGUGACCCCGGAGGCCAAAGAUCUGAUCAACAAGAUGUUGACCAUCAAUCCGUCCAAACGCAUCUCGGCCGCGGAGGCCCUGAAACACCCCUGGAUCUCGCACCGCUCCACGGUGGCGUCCUGCAUGCAUCGCCAGGAGACGGUGGAAUGUCUGAAGAAGUUUAACGCCCGACGCAAACUCAAGGGAGCCAUCUUGACCACCAUGUUGGCCACGCGCAACUUCUCGGGAGGAAAGAGCGGGAACAAGAAGACGGACGGCGUCAAGGAGUCGUCGGAGAGCACAAAUACCACCAUCGAAGAUGAGGACACCCGAGUGAGAAAGCAGGACAUCAUCAAAGUGACGGAGAUGCUCAUCGAGGCCAUCAGCAACGGCGAUUUUGAGAGCUACACCAAGAUGUGCGACCCGGCCGUGACGGCGUUCGAACCCGAGGCGCUGGGGAACCUCGUGGAAGGCCUGGACUUCCAUCGCUUUUACUUUGAAAACUUGUGGUCCAAGAACAGCAAGCCGGUCCACACCACCAUCUUGAACCCUCACAUCCAUCUAGUGGGCGAGGAGGCGGCGUGCAUCGCGUACAUCCGCGUCACCCAGUACAUCGACGGCAACGGGACGCCGCGCACUGUCCAGUCGGAGGAGACCAGGGUGUGGCACCGCCGCGACGGCAAGUGGCAGAUCGUCCACUUCCACCGCUCGGGCUCCCCGUCCACGCUCAGCAAGUACGAGGCCGGUCGCGCGGACAAACGUGAAGAGGAGGAGCCGAGGGCGGGGCCGAAACGCGACGACCGCUUCAUUGUUCAUCCCGGCCUAUCGCAAUGA